CCGGGUGGGCGGAGCCGAGAGUCCGCGCGCUGUUGUGCAACACUGGCUACAUCAUCUUCAUCAUCAGCAUCAGGAGGAGCUGCUGUGCACGAGACACACACAGCAAUCCACACGGAUAUUCUCACAACCCAUUACAUCUGCUGUAGAUCAUCCACAAGACAACGUGCAUUUAACAACCUGUCUGAGCUCAGCAGGAGGAAGGAAGAACACUGGAACGCCAAGGGUUUAUUGCAACUUAUAUUCAACACAUUUUUAUUUUCCUUUCGCGCUCGAGGACGGAAAUCAAUUCAAAGAGGUGGGAUUUUCUGAAGUUUUGCAGAAGCUGCCGCUGGACUCGAUGGAAUAAUAGUGUGUAACUACAGAGCGAGGCAGAUGAUGAACAAGCAAAGCAUCAACGUGCACUAAACUGGAAAUCAGAGCAUCGUUUUAUUAAAGCACUUUUUUGUUUUCGCGAACUCAUCGGGACUUUUACGCAUCCAUCAUUUUAAUGUAGCUGAUAUAUCCAGGACAGCAUCAACAGCUCUAUCGUGUGGAAUAAAAAAAUAAAAAAUAACGAAAGGCAUUUGAGCCUGAGGAUGGAGGAGCAGAGUCAUCUGAUGCACACCCUGGGCGGCGUGACCCUUACCGGACUCCCGGGGGCUCUCCCGGUGCCUCAUGAUGGAGCAGACGCGAGGAGCAAGCAGGACAUCGGAGACAUUCUGCAUCAGAUCAUGACCAUCACCGACCAGAGCCUGGACGAGGCUCAAGCAAAAAAGCAUGGGCUGAACUGUCACAGAAUGAAACCGGCUCUGUUCAGCGUGCUCUGUGAAAUCAAGGAGAAAACAGGUCUCAGUAUCCGUGGCAGUCCUGAUGAAGACCCUCCGGACCCUCAGCUCAUGCGUCUGGAUAACAUGCUCCUGGCAGAGGGCGUGUCUGGGCCAGAGAAAGGGGGCGGGGCAUCAGCGGUUGCUGCGGCAACAGCAGCGGUGGGAGUCGGGGCCGACAACUCCAUCGAGCACUCGGACUACAGAGCAAAACUCACUCAGAUCAGACAGAUCUACCACACCGAGCUGGAGAAAUACGAGCAGGCGUGCAACGAGUUCACGACUCAUGUGAUGAACCUGUUGAGGGAACAGUCUCGUACGCGACCCAUCUCGCCCAAAGAGAUCGAGCGCAUGGUGAACAUCAUCCACCGCAAGUUCAGCUCCAUCCAGAUGCAGCUGAAGCAGAGCACCUGUGAGGCCGUGAUGAUCCUCAGGUCACGCUUCCUCGACGCCAGGAGGAAAAGGCGCAACUUUAGCAAGCAGGCGACGGAGAUUUUGAAUGAGUAUUUCUACUCUCACCUCAGUAACCCGUACCCCAGCGAGGAGGCGAAAGAGGAGCUGGCGAAGAAGUGUGCCAUCACCGUGUCGCAGGGGAAGGGAAGCACCAUCACUGUGUCACAGGUGUCGAACUGGUUCGGUAAUAAACGUAUUCGCUAUAAGAAGAACAUUGGUAAAUUUCAGGAAGAGGCGAAUCUGUACGCUGCGAAGACAGCAGUGACGGCGACUCAGGCCGUAGCGGCCGCUGUACACAACAGCCAGACCAACUCGCCCGCAACGCCCAGCUCUGGUUUUCAGAUGAAAGAUGAAGACUUUCAAUUGGAUGCAACAGAAGAUAAAAACAACCUGUUAAACAACAUUUUCACUGGGUCUUCGGGUUCGUAUAGUUUGCCAGGUUCGGGAGACAUGUUUAUGAGCAUGUCCAGUCUGAACGGGUCAUACCAGCCGGCCCAGGUCCCGUCCCAGCACAAGACACAUGUCUGUUUUGCGGCAGGUCUCAGUAUCCGUGGCAGUCCUGAUGAAGACCCUCCGGACCCUCAGCUCAUGCGUCUGGAUAACAUGCUCCUGGCAGAGGGCGUGUCUGGGCCAGAGAAAGGGGGCGGGGCAUCAGCGGUUGCUGCGGCAACAGCAGCGGUGGGAGUCGGGGCCGACAACUCCAUCGAGCACUCGGACUACAGAGCAAAACUCACUCAGAUCAGACAGAUCUACCACACCGAGCUGGAGAAAUACGAGCAGGCGUGCAACGAGUUCACGACUCAUGUGAUGAACCUGUUGAGGGAACAGUCUCGUACGCGACCCAUCUCGCCAAAAGAGAUCGAGCGCAUGGUGAACAUCAUCCACCGCAAGUUCAGCUCCAUCCAGAUGCAGCUGAAGCAGAGCACCUGUGAGGCCGUGAUGAUCCUCAGGUCACGCUUCCUCGACGCCAGGAGGAAAAGGCGCAACUUUAGCAAGCAGGCGACGGAGAUUUUGAAUGAGUAUUUCUACUCUCACCUCAGUAACCCGUACCCCAGCGAGGAGGCGAAAGAGGAGCUGGCGAAGAAGUGUGCCAUCACCGUGUCGCAGGGGAAGGGAAGCACCAUCACUGUGUCACAGGUGUCGAACUGGUUCGGUAAUAAACGUAUUCGCUAUAAGAAGAACAUUGGUAAAUUUCAGGAAGAGGCGAAUCUGUACGCUGCGAAGACAGCAGUGACGGCGACUCAGGCCGUAGCGGCCGCUGUACACAACAGCCAGACCAACUCGCCCGCAACGCCCAGCUCUGGUUUUCAGAUGAAAGAUGAAGACUUUCAAUUGGAUGCAACAGAAGAUAAAAACAACCUGUUAAACAACAUUUUCACUGGGUCUUCGGGUUCGUAUAGUUUGCCAGGUUCGGGAGACAUGUUUAUGAGCAUGUCCAGUCUGAACGGGUCAUACCAGCCGGCCCAGGUCCCCGUCCCAGCACAGACACAGGGAGACUCCAUACGUCACGCCAUCGGUCAGUCGUUGGGUUACAGCGAUGGCCUGCGGGGAAACCCACUUUACAGCCCUCAUGGCUUGAACGGUAACGGUGGCUGGCAUGAUGCGGUCACUCCGUCUUCUGUGACGUCUCCUAUAGAGGGAGCAAACAGCGUUCACUCGGACACCUCUAACUGACCCGUCCGAACUCAACAUCUCCAGCGAGAACACGGAAACGAAACACACACGUGAAACCGCACUAUCAACACCGUAGGAUUGAUGGUUCCUGCUUUCUUUCCAAAACUGGUGAUGCCUCAAUAAACAUGGCCAACAUGUACGAUUGCGGAAACGAGGGAUGCUUUCGUCAUAAUCUCUGUGAACAUCUUUGAAUAGGUUUAAAAAUAGAUCAUGAUUUAAAAUGACUUUUAUCACUGUCUUCUUGCACAGUACAGUGUGUUCGUUCUUAAGUGUGAUUUUUCUCUAAUGAUCACGAAAUGAUUUUUUUAAACGGUAUUUUUUAAUGAUGUUAAUAAUGUUAUGCAUAAUAAUAAUGGUCAAUGACAUCUUAGUUAUGACAAUAAUUGACUGCAGUCAUGCAUAUUUCAGCUAUUUAUAUUCAGGUACAGUGUACCAAGAUCACUACAUCGAAAGAGCAAAGCUGUAGGCUUCCAGAAGUAAAAUACCUUUGAUAAUGUCCAAAAAGAAGAUGUAUAACGUAUCAAGUGACUGUAUCAGUGGAGCUGAUUGGUUUCUUUCAGGUCCAGGUUGGCUCACAACAAUGUUUUGAGAAAUGUCUAUGGAGAAAAUGCAUGGAAAAUUGACUUCUAUAAACUUUCCAAAAGGUUUUUUUUUUUUUUUUUUUUUUUUUUUUUACAGUGAUGCCAGAUUUUGUGGAACCAUUUUCGGUGCCGCGAAGAACGUUUUAAUAUUCUACGAUAAAUAAGGACUUUUAUUUCUAAGAGUGUAGAGCUACUGUUGACAGAUCAUGCAAACCAGAUUUGUAAAAGCAACAAAUCAUAAUCAAAUCAUAAAAAAAGCAUUUUUUUAUGUUUUUUUUUUCCUUACUCCAUACAUUAAUGCUCCGUAUGACAGAAUAUACUGAUUCUUUUUAAGUUUGCUUUACUUUUUGCUACUCUUUGGGUAGUUUUUAAUUUGCAAUGUCUUUUAAAAAGGUUGUAAUAUUUAAAAAAAAAAUAUGUUCUAAUGUAUUAACAGAAUUUACACUGAGCAACUCUCUAUGAAGAAAAAUUCAUGUAAUAUUAUUAGUUUUUUGAUAAAGGAAAUACUUGUAUUUCUGGCCAAACAAGUGUUUCAAUAAACAUUUUGAAUUGA